AUGGCGGAAAGCGACUUCUACAAGGCCCUGGAGGUCCCGCGCCAGGCCAGCGCGGAGGAGCUCCGCUCGGCUUUCAAGCGGCGCGCGCUCCAGGUUCAUCCCGACAAGGGGGGCAGCAAGGAGGCCUUCCACCUGGUCUACCGGGCCUUCGAGGUGCUCGGGGACGGCCAGAAGCGCGCGCAGUACGACGCCUGGCUUUCCAACCCCUUCGCCGCGCGCUUCGCGGCCGCGGCCGCGACCAAGAAGCCUUUCAAGAGGCUGCUGGCGCGCCUGCCCCGGGACCGACGCCGCGGGGUGAUCUGCAAGGACUUCUCCCAGAAGCAGCGCCUGCUGCUGGAGAAGUGGAUGCAGGAGAAGGACGAGCGCAGCGUCCACCCAGAAGGUAACGAGAUGCCACAGCCGCAAGAGGAAGCAGGGGAGGAAGCUGCCGUUGUUCCCCUUUGCUUGCCGGCAUCGUUUGAGGAAGAUGGCGACAUCAUCCAGCUGGAGAGUGACUCAGAAGAGUCCUCAACGAUAGUGGACCGUGCAUGUCUACUCGAUGAAUGCAGCGAGCAUCCUACCGCCUCCAGUCGUCGCCGCGCCGGGAACCUCCGUGGCAUUUGCGGCGAGCCUGGUGGCAAGUACUCCGCAACGCUCAACCUCCUCUACAAGGUGACGGCUAGAACUGUGCCAAAGGACCUACCUACAACUCUGGAGCAUCUGGUUUGGCUAUCGCGGGCCAAGGAGUUGGCCUACCUCUAUGCAGACCUUCCCUUCAAGGAGCGCUUGCAGCAGGCCUUGGCCGUCGCAACAGAGGAAGUGGGCCGAGGCUCAGCACACCCUGACUUGCAGCUCAAAAUCUAUUACGGCAACAACUACUGGUUCGGGAUGAGAAACGUCGUCUCCCCACCCUCAGUGUACACCUUGUGCCAACUCGAUGCCAUCCACGCGAAGCUGAAGCCCUUCAUGCACAGCUGGGCAUGGUGGCGGUGGCACCCAAACCCUGAAGAGGAGUGGCAGAGUUUCCAGGCUGCUUUUGCGGAGGCCUGCGACAUUGCCGACAACGGGUCGCGCCGAAGCAUCCGGAUCCUGGCAAGAUGCCGGAAGCUUUACGACGGCAACGCCCAUGCCAGGAGCGAGCUCCGCCGCAAGCGCCUUGGGCGCACCGGAUGGAUCCCGAGUGUGGGAUCAUAG